AUGGCCGGAGAGAAGGGCUUCGAACGGCGGGAUGCCAUCGGACAGGGUGUCAAGGGCUCCCUGAUCAUGGGCGGUAUAGGCAGCAUCCUGAGCGGUGUCCAGAACUCGCUCGCCAAGCAGAACAUUGGAGCCAUGGGUGUUAUCACUCGCACGGGUGGUACCGUCGCGAUUUUCGCUGCUAUGGGUGGCUCCUUCAUGUUCGUGCGCAACGCCUCAGCCAAUUUGAGGGAGAAGGAUGAUCACUGGAACCCUACCAUUGGAGGCUUCGUCGCCGGCGCCAUCCUCGGAACCCGAUUCCGCACGAUGCCUUCCGUCAUUGGAUACGGUGCCGCUCUGGCUGUGACAUUGGGCGUGUUUGAUUACAGCGGUGGCUCCCUUAAAGCGAUGUUCCGGGACCCCGGAAUCGACGAGGUUGAGCGGAAGGAAGCCCUGAGGAAGAGCCGCCGACGACCCAUCGAGGAGGCUAUUGAGCACAUUGGUGAAGGACGUGGAAUUUACGGCCCGGGCUACGAGGAUAGACGACGUGAGCGCCUCACCGAGAAGUAUGGCAUCGACUUCACAAACGUCGAGCGCAGAUAG